UGCUGAGGAUGCUGACGCCGAGGCGAGCGGGGCCGGUGGGCCCCGAGGAAAUCGGGGACGGACCCGGUGACAAGGGCGCGAGCGGCGGGGCGAGCGGCUCAGUCACCCCGGGCGGCUCCUACGAGAACGGCGACAACUCGAAGGAGUUCAUGUCGACCGGAAGGACCGGCAGGAGGAACGCGCUACCGGACAUCCUCGGCCGACACGCCGAGACCGGCCUGUCCGACCUAUCGGAUCGUUUCGAGGAAAUGUCCACCCACACAGGUGUCAAUCCGUCUUAUUCCGUUGCCGCUCGAAAUAUGGGGAAACUGUAA